GGUGGGUUAGCAAGGGAGGAAAGUAGAAGCUGGGAAAGAAGAGAAAGAAGGGGGCGGUGGGAAACAUGGAUGCUGAGGGAGAGAACAAAUGUGAUGGUGUGAAGAAAGGAAGAUUGCCAAGUGAUGGAACCAGCAGCGUAGUGGCUACCACCGAGGAUGGGUGUGAUAAUGAUCAAGGCAAGGGCAUUCCAGAAGUGCCACCCUUACCCCCAGUGAUGAAACCUCAUGCCGACAUCGGCCCUGGUUUGCCUCCAGUGCCACAUGUAAGGAGUGCAGCGCGAGUGAUAACACAACGUGGAACUUCUCCGCCUGGUGUUGCUUUUGCAUCUGGUAGCCCCACUCGAUCGCCACGUGCGGGAGCACUUCGCAUGAGGCUGGCUGAGGGAGAAUAUUUCAGCCCUCCAAGCCCCAGAGCACUUGAACCCCAAAGGGUAUUUGAGCCAAUUUCCGAAACAGAAUCUUUGGAGUCAGUGGAGGAGGAUGCGAGGAUGGAUAGAAUGGAUAGUGUUCCAGAGGAGGUAAAACAUGUAUUGGAGCCUCGGCCGGCGACGGGUGAAGCUCAGGAGGAUGGGCAGCAAGAUCGCACAGAAUGUCCACCUGAAUGCUGUGGUGAUAACAACCGUGGAUGUGGUGAUACUGAUGAGCUAGAAGGAUCAAGUGGAGGCAUGGAAGGCAUACUCGGGCCUUCAGGGACUAACACCAAGUAUUCUCCAUUAUCAUGGGGUAUGUUCUUCGAAGAGUCAAAAGACAUUGUGCUAACCAAGACAGGCGAUAAAUUCCACGUUUAUACAGCUGGCAAGGAUGGUCCCGUUGUUUUCUGUAUUCAUGGCGGAGGUUACAGCGGGUUGUCUUGGGGUUGCUCAGCAGUACGGAUGAAGGAGAAGGCUCGUGUUGUUGCAAUGGACAUGAGGGGACAUGGGCUCACUGAAACAAGCAACGAUACUGAUCUGUCGGCUGAUACUCUUGUCUCAGAUGUUAUUGAUGUGAUCAAGCAAAUGUAUGGAGAAACUGUACCUCCCCUUGUGCUGGUUGGGCACAGUAUGGGUGGGGCAAUUGCUGUGAGAGUUGCUGCUCGGAAGGUCCUGCCUUCCCUUGCUGGACUGGUGGUUGUGGAUGUCGUUGAGGGAACAGCGAUGGCAUCACUUGCGUACAUGCAGGCUGUUCUUGCUAGCAGGCCACGACAUUUCUUGACGGUUGAGAGAGCGAUAGAAUGGAGUGUGUGUGGCGGAGCAAUACGGAAUGUGAACUCUGCACGUGUAUCAAUUCCAUCACAGCUGGAGCUUGACGCUAACAAGAGAUGGGUCUGGAAGGCUAACCUUGCCGAAAGCGAGAACCAUUGGAAAGGAUGGUGAGAUUUCAAGUACUCUUUACGGAAAGAAAUAGUUGCAGACUGCUGGUAUCAGUAAUUCUUUAUUCUGUUGCUUUUUCACUCUGUUGUUUCUCUGGCAUCAUCGCUGUACGCGAAGAUUCCUCGUUCUCUCUUUUCUGCUUUCCUUUCGGGAAAAAAAUCUAGUGUUGGCUGGCUGGUUGGGCAGGUGGAAUGCGGCCACAGAACUCAAGUUGCAAAGAGACAUGCACACGUAAUUGCCGGAGAGAGAGAGAGAGAGAGAGAGGCUAACACAUGCACAUACGUGCUGACUUGCUGUUUCUGAGGAUGAGCUAGCCUAGAUGAAAUGAAAUUGUAAGAUGAAU